AAAAAAAAAAAAAAAAUAUCAUAGAAUGAGUGAAAAUCCUUUUGAAUUAUCUAAGAUUUCUGCUGCUGCAAGUAGCAUGGUUUCAAAUACUCUAAACCCCAAUGGACCCAAUACUAAUGCUUCUGGUAACUCUGCCUCUUUACGUUACUCUCAAUACUCGAUUCUUGAAACCGCUCAAGAUUUACAAACCGAUAUAAAGUUGGGAUUAUCCAAUAAUCAAGAUGUUCUCACUCGAAGAUCUCUUCAUGGUAUAAAUGAAUUAUCGGGCGAAGAAAAUGAAAAUAUCAUAUUGAAGUUUUUCUCUUCUUUUUACCAAGAUCCUCUUAUUCUUUUACUUAUUGCUUCAGCCAUUAUUAGUUUUUGGAUGGGAAAUGUCGAUGAUGCCAUCUCGAUUACCUUAGCAAUUACAAUUGUGGUGACGGUUGGGUUUGUUCAAGAAUACCGUUCUGAACAAUCUUUAGCCGCUCUCAAUAAAUUGGUGCCUGCUGAAGCUAACUUGACUAGAAAUGGUAAUACCUCCACUGUUCUUGCUUCUACUUUAGUCCCUGGGGAUUUGGUUCAUUUUAACCAAGGUGAUCGUAUUCCGGCCGAUGUUCGCUUAACUGAAGCUGUUCAUUUAUCAAUUGAUGAAUCUAAUUUAACUGGUGAAAAUAGACCAGUUAAAAAAUAUUCUCAUGCUGUCGGUAGUCAAAAAGAAGGUAGUCCAUAUUCUGGUUCCGGCUCUUCUUCUCUUAGUAAUCUGAGUGAAUUUAAUCCAGAAUUACCCAUCACUUCAAGAAGUUCAAUUGGUUUCAUGGGGACUUUAGUUCGUGAUGGUCAUGGUUCAGGUAUUGUUGUUUCAACCGGUCAUAAAACAGAAUUUGGGGUGGUUUUCGAAAUGAUGUCAAGUAUCGAAAAACCAAAAACUCCUUUGCAACACGCAAUGGAUAAAUUAGGUAAAGAAUUAUCUACUUUCAGUUUUGUCAUAAUUGGUGUAAUUUGCUUAUUAGGUAUAAUUCAAGGUAGACCGUGGUUGGAAAUGUUUCAAAUUUCAGUUUCUUUAGCCGUUGCUGCUAUUCCUGAAGGUUUACCAAUUAUCGUGACGGUCACUCUAGCAUUGGGUGUUUUAAGAAUGGCUAAACAUAAAGCAAUUGUUAAAAGAUUACCUAGUGUUGAAACUUUGGGUAGUGUCAACGUUAUUUGUUCUGAUAAAACUGGUACUUUAACUCAAAAUCAUAUGACGGUUACUAAAUUAUGGUCUUUUGAUUUCAAAGGUCUGUUCAAUACUCCAUUUUUAAUCGUUGAUAAAUUAAACGAUAAUUCUUUACACGAUCAAUUAACUACCAAUAUGAAACGUAUCUUUGAAACUGGUAAUAUCUGUAAUAAUUCAAAAUAUUCUAAUGAUAAUGAAAAAUUUGUUGGUAAUCCUUCAGAUAUUGCUUUGGUCGAAGUUUUAAAUCAUUUUGGUUUAGAUGAUAUUAGAGGUACCAAAGAACGUAUUUAUGAAUUACCUUUUUCUUCAAUUCGUAAAUUUAUGGCUGUUUGUGUUCACUCCGGUGAUAUUAAUAAACCAGAAACUUUUGUUAAAGGUGCUACUGAAAAGAUUGUUAAUAUGUGUACCGAUUAUUAUGAUGAACAUGGUAAUGUAAAACCUUUAAAUGAUGAAAUUCGCCGACAAAUUCAUUCCAAAUCAAAUGGUUUAGCUGAAGAAGGUUUAAGAGUUUUAUGUUUUGCUAGAAAUAAUCAAUUAUAUAAUCAUUCAGAAAAACAUAGUGAUGACGAUGUUAUUCCUGAUCCUUCUAAUUUAAUUUUUUGCGGGUUGAUUGGUAUGAAAGAUCCUCCAAGACCAAAUGUUAGUAAAUCAAUUGCUUUAUUAAUGAAAGGUGGUGUUCAUGUCAUUAUGAUUACUGGUGAUUCUCCAACUACUGCAAUCAAUAUUGCUAAACAAAUUGGUAUGCCAGUUUUAAAUAAUGAUUCAAUAAUGACUGGUGAUCAAUUAGAUACUUUAACCGAAGAAAGUUUGAGUGCUGCCAUUCAUAAUGUUUCUGUUUUUGCUAGAACUACUCCAGAACAUAAGGUUACCAUUGUUAAAGCUUUACAAAGAAGAGGUGAUAUCGUUGCUAUGACUGGUGAUGGUGUCAAUGAUGCUCCUGCUUUAAAAUUGGCUGACAUUGGUAUUGCUAUGGGUAAAAAUGGUACUGACGUUGCUAAAGAAGCUUCUGAUAUGGUUUUAACUGAUGAUGAUUUUUCAACAAUUUUAAAUGCUAUUGAAGAAGGUAAAGGUAUUUUUUUCAAUAUUCAAAAUUUUAUUACUUUCCAAUUAUCAACUUCGAUUGCUGCCUUAUCUUUAAUUGCUUUAUCUACUUUAUUUGGUUUACCAAAUCCUUUAAAUGCUAUGCAAAUUUUAUGGAUCAAUAUUCUAAUGGAUGGCCCACCAGCUCAAUCUUUAGGAGUUGAACCAGUUGAUCAUGAAGUAAUGAAUAAACCUCCUAGAAAAAGAAAUGAUAAAAUUUUAACAAAUCAAUUGAUAAAACGUGUUUUACAAAGCGCUUUCAUCAUUAUCUUGGGUACCAUUUAUAUUUUCGUUAAAGAAAUGAAAGAUAAUGAAAUCACCGCUAGAGAUACUACUAUGACUUUCACUUGUUUCGUUUUAUUCGAUAUGUUCAAUGCUCUUGGUUGUCGUCAUUAUUCUAAAUCUAUUUUCAAAAUUGGUUUGAAAAACCAAAUGUUCAAUUUUGCAGUUAUCGGUUCAUUAAUUGGUCAAUUAUGUGCAAUUUACGUUCCUUUCUUUCAAGAUAUUUUCCAAACAGAAGCUCUUUAUUUAAGUGAUUUGGCUCAUUUGAUCCUUUUAACAAGUAUUGUGUUUAUUUGUGAUGAAAUAAGAAAGUAUCUCUUUAGACGCAGUCAGCAGUUUCUAAGUGUUUUUGACUAUGGUGUUUGA